GGACAGUGUGUGUGAGUGUGUCAAGACUCGGUUUAAGUGAAUCAGCAAUUGGACGAGAGGCUGCGCGUAACGCACGCGUCGCUCAACGGCUCCGCGUCGCGCUCACUGCCGCGAUGAGACGCGUUCAGAUGGGUUUGUAAUAUCCGGGUUGGAGGGGAGUGUCACUUUGAGAUUUCCAAUAGAAACACGCUGUAAAAUUAGAGACAGGGAGAGAGAUUGGGAGGAUGGCAUCGGUCAGAGGGAAGCGAAAAUCGGGAUAGACACGAACAGCGCGAUGGAGAAGACGCAGUACGCCGCUAAAGCGAGCGUCGAGAGAAGGGACGCGGGUCGGACGGGCUCGGCCUCGCUCGGUUCUCCCGGUCCGGGUGCAGCUCCGCUGGGGAAGGUCGCACCGCUGCAGUCCGGACACAAGCGCAGGAUAGAGGGAGUGCUCAGCAAAUACACCAACCUCAUCCAAGGCUGGCAGAACAGGUAUUUUGUGUUGGACUCUGAGUUAGCUCAGCUGCAGUAUUUUGUGAAUGAACAGGGGCGGAGCCAGAAGCCCAGAGGAUCUCUCCCUCUGAUUGGUGCAUCUGUAUUGUCGAGCGAUGAGGCGCCAUACAUGUUCAUUGUCAGCUCAGCCAAUGGGGAGCUCUUCAAACUCAGAGCGGUGGAUGCUACCGAACAACAGCUGUGGAUGACGCAGUUACAGGCCUGUACCAGACGCCACUCAGACAGCAGUGCCAAGAUGAGAAAACCCAAGGAUUGUGACGAGCACCUGUAUGCUGACAAAACUCAGAAUACAUUGGAUGCACAGUGUUCAUCAGGUCGUACACAGAGUUUCUCUCUUCUUCCUCAUGUUCCUCCGUCUUCCUCUCCUGGAUCUCAGAGACAUCAUCUGCCUCAUCACGCAGCUCCUAGCAACAUUGUGACCAUAACACACCACAAGUCGCCUGCAGCCGCCCGCCGUGCCAAAAAACAGUACCCAGAUCGCCUCCUGGAGGUCAAAGAGGUUAUGAGUCAUGUUGAAGGUCAGCAGAAGAGUCUCAUUCACUCCAUUGAGUCGUUGCCAAUGCGAGGACCCCUUUCCUGUCUGGAUCAAGACCUGCUACUGCUCAAAGCAACGUCUGCCGCCACCCUCAGCUGUCUCGGAGAGUGCCUGACUAUUUUACAGCAGAGCGCGGGACACAACAGCAAUGGUCAGACAUGUCACAACCGGGGCCUGACCUCUGACAAUGUACCUGUAUGGACCGUUCCAAAGUCGCCCUCAGGAGAAUGUUUGAGGAACGGUGGUGCUGCUACUCUGCCCUCGACAGAUCCCUCGCCCUCCCUCAGCAAAAAAAACCUGCUGCUAAUUCCGAAUACUGAGGACGGCAUGGAGGUGAUUUCUCCUGGUGAGGAGGUGAUGGAUUCAGAAGAUAAUGUUGAGGAAGAUCUGGGCGUGUUGGAGGAUCAGAGGAGUGUUAUUCUGCAUCUGUUGUCUCAACUCAAACUGGGCAUGGAUCUCACACGGGUGGUGCUUCCUACAUUCAUUCUGGAGAAACGCUCUUUACUGGAGAUGUACGCCAACUUCAUGGCUCAUCCUGACCUGUUCCUGGCCAUCUCCAUGGGCAGCACACCUGAGGAGCGCAUGGUGCGAUUUGUCGAAUACUACCUGACCGCCUUCCACGAAGGACGCAAGGGGGCUGUCGCAAAGAAACCCUACAACCCGGUGCUAGGUGAGACGUUCCACUGCUCCUGGGAGGUCCCACGAGACCAAGUCCGCCCUCUAAGAACUCACGUCCAUUCUCUUGGUUCAGGGGUGCGAGAGACAUGUACAGGGACCAAUCAGGAGGGAGUGGGGGCGGGGUCAGACUGCUAUAGAGUGCGUUUUGUGGCAGAGCAGAUUUCUCAUCAUCCUCCAGUGUCUGGGUUUUACUGCGAGUGUGCGGAGAGAGGCAUGUGUGUGAAUACACACGUGUGGACCAAGAGCAAGUUCAUGGGCAUGUCAGUGGGCGUCUCCAUGGUGGGCGAAGGUGUGUUGUAUCUGCGGGACCAUGGCGAGGAGUACGUGUUUACUUUCCCGAGUGCAUAUGCUCGUUCGAUCCUCACCGUCCCUUGGGUAGAGCUGGGGGGAAAGGUCACGAUCAGCUGUGUCAAGACGGGAUACUCGGCCAGCGUCACAUUCCACACCAAACCCUUCUAUGGAGGGAAAGUUCACAGGGUAACUGCAGAAGUCAAGCAGAACUCCAGCGGUAUCAUUAUGUGUAAAGCUCAGGGUGAGUGGAACGGGACGCUAGAGUUCACCUACAGCAGCGGAGAGACCAAAGUGAUUGACACCGCCAAACUGCCCGUCAUCAGAAAGCUGAUUCGUCCAGUGGAGAAACAGGGACGGACCGAAUCAAGGCGUCUUUGGCAGCACGUCACCAGAGCGUUGAAGGAUAAUAAUGUCGAUCUGGCGACUGAACACAAGCACGUGUUAGAAGAAGACCAGAGGUCAGAGGAGAGACGGAGAGAUGCCAACAACAUGACCUGGAAACCCAUAUACUUCAGCAAAGAGGAAGACGGUUGGGUGUUCAGAAAACCGUUAUGGAAGACACACUGAGAUGAGCUUAAAAACAACACCUUUUGACCAGGCCAGGUUGAAAUACUGGAUCCUACGUGCAGGAGAAUAUGGAUGUACAGAAAUCAGUGUAUAUAGCAUAUGGACAUAGAACAGAACUUUUAUACACUGUAUAAAUUAUAUAUUAUUUUUCACAAUACCUAACCAAACAUUUGUAGUUCUACACAUAUAUGCGGUAUUUAUGUGAUUUGCCAUUGGAUGUUUUUUUAACAGAGUUCACUGUAUGACCAGCUUGUGUUUAACCAAAACAUUCAAAGCUCAUGUUUAUAUUCAAGCUUGGAGUGAAUCUCACAAAACCCUGUUCAGGCCACAUUUCAUCCCAAAAAGACAAACAAAGUUAAAUAACAGAUAUUACCAAUAUGUGUAAAUAUUUUAACCUUGUGCGACCCCGCGUCCACAUGCGUGGACGUUGUAUUUUGGCUUCGCUAUAUGCAACGCAUGAUUUAAAUGAAAUUAAACCGAUUGAAUACUGUUCACAAGACUCAACUCAACUUCUGGGGCACGUCGUCACGUGACACAACAGCAUGACAUUGAUUUCCGUGAAGCGCUACUACUGGCACACCAACAAAAGUGCCUCUGGUAUUGUGAAACACAUCCAGAAAUGCACAACAAUACACCCGCUGAUGUUUUGGGUAAUGCAACAGAGAGAAAUUGGCAACUGAGAUUGAAAUGGAUAAAAACGUUGAUCAGGUGAGCUUGUGAUCAGUCACAAUGACCACGUCUAUUCAAUACAGUAUGUUCUCUCCAUAUGCUUUAAGCCUUGAGUAAUUACCUUUCCUGGCAGAAGACUAUUACUAUUAUAACUCUAGCUGGUUUACAUGGUUAAACUUUUCUAAAACUGAUAUCUGUUGCACUUUUAAUGAUUAACCGAGGCCUGGACUGAAACCUGAUGUUAUAUUAACAUGUGGGAACCUUUGAUUUGAUUUGCAGUUUCCCACCAAAACAAUAAAUGAUAGCUAAAUGAUAUUUGAUUUUAGGUUUUCCACUAACACUCUAGGUGUUUAUCUGGGAUAGAGAAGUUCUGUACAUGAAGUAAAAGAGUUCAGGUCUUAAUCUGUGUUCAUUUAACGUUCCUGUAUUUGGUUGUUGUACACACAGUUAAAUCAGAUCAUGUACAGCCCAACAGUGAACACACUAUUUCAGUGGCUCUGGUUCUGGAAGUAUUUCCAAUUCAUUUUCUCCAUAUGCUCUCCAUCAAACCAAUGUUGUUAUGUAAGAUGAAUAACAACAUUAGAAACUUUGAUUUGACUGAUUACUUAUUUUUAGGAGGGAAUAAUUUUAAGAUUGCAUUGUUUUAUUUAAAAUAAACUUGCCAUGGCAA